CUUGCACUAAAAAACCCAAAAUGUUCAACUACUUUGUUUUUGCCGCUUUCUGCCUGGCCAGUGCUGCUGCUGCUCCGGGUUAUUUGGGCGGACUAUCUGCUCCGGCUUUGCCACUGGCUGCAGCUGCUCCGGCCAUCUCCUAUGGACACUCCCUGGCAAGUCCUUCGAUCGCCUCCUAUGGCCUGGCUCCUAGGAUUAGCUAUGCCUCCCCAGCUUUGGCGCAUGCUCCGUUGGCUGCUCCGGCCAUUUCGACCUACGGAUUGGGAUAUGGCCAUGGUCCCAUUGGCCUGACCCACGGUUCCUUGGGCCUGGCCCAUGCUCCUUUGGGUCUGGCUCAUGGUUCCCUGGGUCUGGCUCAUGGGUCCUUGGGCCUGGCCCAUGCUCCUUUGGCUGCUCCCUUGGGACUGGGCUACAAGACGGCCUAUCCAGCUCUGGCUGCUCCUGCCUACGGACUUUCCCAUGGUUGGUAAAGGGACUCAAUCCCAUACAGCAACGUUUUCUGCAUGGCUUUCGUUUCGUUUGGAUCGGAUAGGGAGGAGAAGGAAGAAUACACAGAGAGAAAAAAAGAGAGAGAGAGAGAGAAAUUAGUAGAGGUUUUGUGAAACAAAAUCAAAUUA